AUGGAUACACAAGAUCUUCAUAACACCACAGAGAUGAUGGCUUCGCCUGCCCCAUCACUGUCUAUACUCAACCCCAAUCCCAAGAGACUCCCUGGUCCUUCACUCCUACAUGAACUUGUCAGUGACAGUUCAACUCCGGCGUACGCUCUCGACUACCGGGCACCAGACGGGACUCGCACCACAUUCUCCUAUUCGGAGCUUCACAAUCAAGCCGAGAGACUUGCGAGGAGGAUAGCCGGCGCCCUUUCGAAGCAUCAGGGGCUGGGCCAAUUUGUUGUCCCGCUGCUCCUACCACAGAGCCCUCUGUUGUACAUAUCACAGCUUGCUAUUCUGAAGGCUGGUGGAGCUUUCUGCCCUCUGAACCUUGAUGCGCCUCCUGAACGGGUCAGAUUCAUUCUCGGGGAUGUCAACGCCAAGGUCAUCGUUGCUUCUGCGGCUUUACGCCCCAAGAUUGAUAGUCUCGGGCUUGACGUGAGAGUGGUAGUGGUAGAUGGCGACGAGGACGAAAUUGAUCAGAGUCAUCUCAGCGAUGUCUUUCGAAAAGCAACGCCGGAUAACCUCGCUUAUGUGAUGUACACUUCUGGCUCCACAGGAACGCCCAAAGGAGUCGGCAUCUCACAUGUCGCCGCUACACAAGCCCUUCUUGCCCACGACCGCCACAUUCCACCUUUCUCCAGAUUUUUACAGUUCGCCGCUCCAACAUUUGAUGUCUCUGUCUUCGAGAUCUUCUUCCCCCUCUUCCGAGGCGCCACUCUCGUAUGCUGCAGCAGGGCGGACCUGUUGAACGACUUGCCCGCGGUUUUGAGAGACAUGCAAGUGGACGCAUGCGAACUCACACCAACAGUAGCGGGUAGUCUCCUGAGGAGCCGGAACAAUGCUCCCGGGCUUCGUUUGCUCUUGACGAUAGGGGAGAUGCUGACGGUACCCGUCAUUAGGGAAUUUGGGAGAGACGAGAACAAGCCCGGCAUUCUCUGGGCCAUGUACGGCCCAACAGAAGCCACAAUCCACUGCACCCUUCAACCGUUGUGCGAAGCAUCCUCGUCUCCCCGCAACGUCGGCUUCCCUCUUGACACCGCAUCUGCAUUUAUUCUCGAGCCUCUUUCCGAUAGCACCUCUGGAGGUUUCAAGGUGGCGCCCUUUGGCGAGAUGGGUGAGCUAGCCAUUGGUGGCAACCAGAACGCGGUAGGCUACAUCAAUAGGGCAGAGCAAACGUCACAAGUCUUCAUUGAGACUCCUUAUGGCCGGCUCUACCGAACUGGCGAUAAAGCCCGUAUGCUCCAAAACGGUACGAUCGAGUGUUUCGGUCGCAUAUCAGAUGGCCAAGUCAAGCUCCGUGGGCAAAGAAUCGAGCUUGGCGAAAUUGAACAAGCUGUUCUACACACGCCGCAAUGCCGUGGCGCGGUAGCAUCAGUCAUCGGGGGCAUCAUCGUUGUCUUCUGUGAGCAAGAUAGUCCAGACGACACUUUUACAGAGAAUGUGUUGCAAACAUGUCGGAGAUGGCUGCCCGCAUUCAUGGUACCAGGAGAUGUUGUCCUACACGAGGCUUUCCCGCGUUUGCCUUCCGGAAAAGUAGAUCGGAAGCAGUUGAAGGCGGACUACGAGAAGAAAGCAAGCGGCGCUGUUGCGUCAAUGAACGAAUACAGGGAUAGUACAGAACGUGUGGACUCCCUCGCGGCAAUCAGGCUGGCGUCUUGUCUCCGUCAAGCCGGCUUUUCUGUUACUGCUAUUGAUGUUCUGAACUCCAACACUCUUUCGGACCUGCGGUCUCGCAUGCAACAAAAAAGGGGUCGGGUUGACAGCGCUGUUGGAAUUGACGACCAAUUACCAGGCUCGAAGCCUCCUACAAUAUCCGCGAUGGAGUCUUUGAAGGGAAUUCCGGAGUUUGCAGAAAGCCUUGACGCUAUCGAUGCCGUUUUGCCCUGUACUCCCACCCAGACUUCGAUGUUGGCGGAAACUUUGCGUGACAGUGAGGCCUACUGCAACUGGAUUGAGCUUCAAAUCCUGGGCAAUCAUGCUGUCGAGACGAUUGUGUCAUGGUUCCGACAGCUUGCUGAGUACAACGAAAUCCUGCGUACAGGAUUUAUCUCUUCAAGCGGCAUAUUUAGACAAGUCGUCUGGAAAGAGCUUCACCCCAGCCAGAUCUGCGCCGUCGAGAAUCUGGACAGGAGCUUUCGACUUGACGAAGCUGGUCUGUCCAAGCCAUUUUCAAUACAGAUUCAGAGCAAUCAGCCGCGCAAGACCAGCGUCUUGCUCCAGAUCCAUCACGCUCUAUACGAUGGCUGGUCAAUGGACAUACUCCUAGCCGACCUAAAUGUUCUCGAGCAGGGUGGUCAGCUCAGUGAUCGACCUUCCUUUCGCCUAGUUUCGGACUACUAUCAGUCUGCGGAAUUUGCGCGCGAUGCCAACUCUGCACGUGCUUACUGGGCGGAACACCUCUUGGGUUACCAACCGACCCCGAUGCCUCAGCUUCUGGCAAAGGAAUCGAAGAGCGGCCAGAUUCUCUCCGCUGAGCGUAUCUUGGGAACAAAGGCUCCCGCCGUCCAGACUGUUUCAAAACAGCUAGACGUGAGUGUACAAGUCCUAUUCCAGACAUGCGUAUUCUGGCUCUGGGCACGCAUCUUGGGUACUGAAGACGUCGUGAUCGGCAAUGUCACGUCGGGUCGAACCAUCCCCAUCCAGGGCAUUGAGGACGUGAUGGGCCCAUGUCUCACGACCAUCCCUCUAAGGUCAAGGUUGGAGCAAGUGCGGACUAUUAGAGAGCUCAUCGAAAGCAUUCACACGUCAAACCGAGAAAGUCUUGCCCAUUGCACGCUGCCACUCGCCGAGAUCAAAAAGUCUGCUGGCAUCAUUCCAGGACAGCCUCUCUAUGAUGCGCUAUAUGUUUACCAGGAAUCACUUCACAGUCGGGCAACCUGCCGGCAAACCGACAAUGUCAAACAAAUUGCUCACCAGGACCAAUUGGAGACGAAUUUACUCAUCGAAAUUGAGCCUGUCGACGAUGUUUUCCGACUUCGUGCGACCUAUCACACUGAUGCCCUGGAUCACGACUACAUAGAGCUAGUCCUUCAACAGUUUGAUUGCAUCCUUGGUUAUAUCAUCAGUAAUCUCGAUCGUGAGACUUCAUCGAUUUUUGGAUGCUUCACAGACAACCUGCUUUCUCAGCACAAUCAAGAUAUCACAUCUUACAAGGGCUCUGCCGACCUGGCAAUAUUAUUUGAGAACAUGGCGGCUAAAGUACCUAAGCAACCCGCACUCUGUUUCGCGGAGUCCAUUGAAAAUGGUGGCGCCGAACUGAGUUACAUCUCAUAUGAGGAGUUGAACAUCAAGUCAAACAAGAUCGCUCGACAUAUUCAGUCCUUAGGCGCAGCUGAGGGAACCGCCGUGACAAUCAUAAUGGAGAAGUCGAUCAUGUUGUAUGCGGGUAUCCUGGGCAUUCUAAAAGCAGGCUGUGCAUACUUGCCUCUCCUUCCAAGCACGCCGCUGCCGAGGAUUCUGGGAAUCUUAGAACAGGCAGAUGUACGGCUUUGCCUGUGCGAUGAGAAUGUUCGAGGUGAUCUUUCUACUCUUUCCGCAUGCAACUCUAUCAAUCUUCUGGAGACAAAUCUCGACGCUUACGAUGGGAGUGACCUUCAAACCCCCCAGAACCCGUGGAGAAUUGCCAAUAUUAUUUACACUUCGGGUAGCACAGGUGUGCCGAAGGGUGUCUCAGUCACUCAGCUCAACAUCACGAGCAAUUUGGACGUUCUCUCCCGGAUAUACCCCGUCAAAAGCAACUCUCGCAUGCUCCAGGCUUGCUCUCAAGCAUUUGAUGUAUCGGUUUUUGAAAUAUUCUUUGCCCUGACCCGUGGCAUGUGCCUCUGCGCUGCAACUAAUGAUGUUCUCUUCGGCGAUCUCGAGCGAACAAUCAGAGCAAUGGAUGUCACGCACCUUAGCAUGACACCGACUGUCGCGUCUCUCGUCAAUCCUACCAAAAUUCCCAAAGUUGAGUUCCUUGUCACUUCAGGCGAGCCCAUGACAAGCGAGGUCGCAAGAAAGUGGAUGGGCAAGCUUUAUCAAGGCUACGGUCCCUCAGAGACAACCAAUAUCUGCUCAGUGAAGAAGAUGUCCCCAGAGGAUAGAAUACGACACCUCGGUCAUACUCUCGAGAACACAUCCGCUUUCGUUCUCGCUCACGACGGCCUAGACCUCCUUCCAAUAGGUUGCGUGGGCGAGUUCUGCUUCGGUGGCGACCAAGUCGUGGCUGGAUACCUGAAUAUGCUUGAUAUUACACGAGACAAGUUUAUUGACCACCCGAGGUGUGGCCGUAUCUAUCGAUCCGGCGACAUUGGUCGCAUGCUGCCUGACGGGUCGCUGCUUAUUGUUGGACGGAUCGAUGACCAAAUCAAGCUCCGUGGCCAACGUAUUGAGCUUGGCGAAGUCAGUGCUGCCGUCGCUUCGUUGACCGAGGUCUCAAACUGCACGGCCAUGCUGGUAAAUAAAGAACAGCAACUGGCUUGUUUUUAUGUACCACACACAGCAGUAAGGGGCAAAUUCAACUUUAUCCCAGCUGAGGAAGGACUAGUGAAGAUGAAUAAGUCCAUUUACCGCACCUUGCAAUCCCGACUCCCAGGCUACAUGAUUCCAUCCUGCCUGAUUCCUAUUACGACCGUCCCGAUGACUUCUUCUGGAAAGAUCGAUAAAGCCAGACUAAGGAGUCUUUUCGAAAAUCUGAGCGUCAAAGAGCUAGAAUCUUUUAGUGUGGCGGCCGACUGUGGAGACAUUGAUGGUGACUGGUCUGAAGACGAGCGCAAGGUCGCCGCGGUAGUUGCCAAAUGUCUGGAUGCACAUCCUCAGGAUGUGGGAAGAUGGACACCGCUGACAAGCUUGGGACUGGAUUCCAUCUCAGCAAUUUCAGUCUCGAAAGAAUUGCAUAGUACCUUUUCGCAGAGGGUUCCGAUCUCGGCUAUCUUGCAGAACCCUUCCACAGCGAAGCUUGCUGGGCUGCUUGCUGGAAGUACAGUGGAAACCGUCCAAGAUGGGAAUCGUCUGGAAAUCUUCUCGAAAGACUUCUUGGAGAUGAUCAGAACGUCUUUCAGCUCAAAAAAUGUCGAGGUCGAGUUGAUCUUGCCAUGCACGCCUCUGCAAGAGGCGAUGCUGUCAGCUUCGACCCGCGAUGCGUCAUACCUCAACAAGAUGCUAUUCCGUCUCAAUAUUGACCCCACGGCAAUGCGAAAGCAUUGGGAUGCGAUGUUUCGAAGACAUGCAAUCCUCAGAACAGCCUUUUUCAGCACCGAUGACCGAGAUCAUGCCAUUGCGCAGUGUGUCCUUGAAGACUGGGCACCUAAGUGGCUUACCUUUGACACGGACGCGGACUUGCUGGGUGAAACAAUAAGCAGACAUGCAGCAACUUUGCCUGAUGCCCUCAACUCUGGAAUACCGCCAGUCUCUAUAGCCAUCAUCCGGCAAGACUCACUUACGUAUCUAUCUUUUGUCUGCCACCACGCCAUGUAUGAUGGCGUUGCAAUAUCACGGCUACUCCAUGAGGUUGAGCAGGUUGCAUGCGGCGCCGAGCUCCCGCAGCCUCCAUCUUACAAGCCUUUCUUGCAGGAGGUAUUGGCUCUGCCGAAAUCCACCGACGAGUUCUGGAAGACACACUUGAAUGGACUAGACCCAAAGCCAUUGCCGCGAUCAUCGGAGACAGACAAAGGUCGUGGCCUCCUGACAAAAGCCUUGGAUUUGCCUCUUCCCUCAAUUGAAAAACGCUUGAGGAUGCUCAACGUGUCUCUCUUAUCCCUACUUCAGGCGACCUGGAGCAACCUGUUGGGAGUCAUCCGCGGUUCUGACGAUAUUUGUUUCGGCAAUGUCCUCAACGGCCGCACUGGCACGCUUGAAAGGGUAGACGAGCUCAUCGCACCCUGUUUCAAUACUAUUCCAGCACGUGUUGGACUGAAUGAUAUGAAGCGGAACAUUGAGCUUGUCAAAUUCUUUCAAAAACUGAACCCUGAGCUGCUACAGUAUCAGUUCACGCCUUUGCGGCGCAUCCAGGCUUUGUGCUCCAACGGUUCAACGCUAUUCGAUACGCUUUUGUUACUGCAGCAGCCUCCGAAAAGUUUGGACGAGAAUAUAUGGACUCUGGAAAAGGAUGAUGGGGACAUGGAUUUCCCGUUAGUUUGUGAGGUGACUCCAAUCCAUGAAAAUGGGAUAUUGGAAUUCAAAAUACAUUUUGACCGUUCUUAUGUUUCUGAUUCAUUUGCGUUGUUUGCAUAUGAUACCCUUACACACAUUCUCUUAAACUUGCUGGACUUUCCCUCGUCUCAUAUAAUAUCCAGGCAGUCGCUGCCUUUGCCAAUCCGAGAAAGGCUGGACAGGCUGGGUCUCAUUCAGCUAUCAAAAGCCAGUGACAAGGAUAAACUGUCAAAUACGGCUGUACAUCAAGAUUGGUCUGACCUCGAGAGGACCGUUCGUGCUGUACUCUCGGAUAUCUCCAAGUUCAAGGAGGACAGCAUUAGCCGGCACAUGACAAUAUUUCAAAUGGGACUCGACAGCAUCAAUGCCGUUCAGGUGGCAGCCAUGUUGCGCAAGGCUGGCUACCCUGGAGCCACGGCUACGGAUGUGCUCGAGAACCCGACCUGUUCGGGCCUGGCGAUAAAACUAUCCGCACAGCAGCCCACUAGUGAUACCUCCGCCGAGUAUGACCUGGGUAGCUUUGAGAAGGCGGCGAAGGACUUGCUAACUGACAGUUUCUCAAAUUGGGAAUCUGUUCAAGCUAUCUUCCCAUGCACGCCACUUCAGAUGGCGAUGCUCACUCAAUUCACCAACUCGAACGGCAAUGACUACUUCAACUUCAUAAGUCUUCGUUUUGAGGAACAUGUCAACGCCUCUCAGAUCACCAGUGGCUGGAGGAAGCUUGUUGAAUCUCACCCAAUUUUACGAUCCGGCUUCAUCCCGAUAGACCACAAAGAUGUAUCAUUCGCUAUGUUACAGUACGCUCUGGAGGAAGAUAAAUUGCCUCUAAAUAUCGAGGCUGAUGUCAAAUUCAAUGUCCAAGACUGGCGUUUGGCAGCUUCGACGGGAGCCCUCAAGAAUCUGCGCGAGCCUCCGUGGAAGGUUGCUCUUGUGCCUGACAGCAAAGGUGUCGAAAUGCACCUCGCCAUUCAUCACGCUAUUUAUGACGCCUUCUCACUUCAGAAAAUUCUGGAAAAUUUGGAGAAAGCGAUCCGUGAAGAGCCCUUCAACGUAAGCCCAGGGCUGGCUUCUGUCGUUCAAGACAUAAUGACACAAACGCGGAGCAGCAAAGAGGACGCUGCGGAGUUCUGGACAAAGCAAGCAUCAGAUGCCGUUGUCAAUAAGUUUCCUGUCAUGACACCGCUCAGAGUGGACAACCGAAAUAUCUCAGUGAGACAGAGAACAUGCACUCUGUCCUUGAGCACCUUGACAGACGUCAUCAGGAACGAGGGCUUCACAAUCCAGGCAGUAGCGCAAGCUGCAUGGUCGAGGAUUCUAUCCUCGUAUAUUGGAGAGCCGUCUGUGGUUUUUGGCACAAUUCUUUCGGGUCGGAAUUCUGAUGCUACGCAAGAUGUCGUGUUCCCAUGCAUUACGACUCUACCCGUCAUAGCUCAAUAUUCGCCCUCGAAUCGCAAACUCCUGCAGGCCAUGAUGGAGUACAACAUUGGGCUCCAGCGACACCAGCGAACACCGCUGACGGAGAUUCAGAAGCACCUUGGUCUUCCAAACACGAGACUGUUCGAUACUCUACUGGUAUAUCAGAAGUUCGAUGGGGACGGGCAACACUCAAGGCCGUGGUCUAUAAUUGAUGAGAAGGCUGCCGUUGACUACCCAGUGUCUAUCGAGGUAGGGCCUGACUGUGACUCUCUGCAGCUUCGUGUCACUUUCUUCGAUGAUGUCUUGCCAGAGCAACAGGCAGAAAUCUUGCUGCAGCAAUUCGAUGCCGUCUUCUCCGAUUUAGCGCAACAUCCCGAUGGCAACGAUGAGGACGUACUGCAGAAUCAUCCAGAACUGUCCGCUGUCAUACCUGCUGAACAGCCUGAAUUGGUAUCAGAUGUGACCCUCCUGCACGGUCUCGUGGAAUCCUGUGCUGCGAAGCUUCCCGAAAAGAUCGCGCUGGAGUUCAUUUCGAGCUUCGAGGGCAGCCGGCCAGUGUCUCAACGAUGGACCUACAAAGAGCUGGACCAGAACGGCAACAGAGUGGCGAAUAUGCUGGCAUCCCAUGUUCAGACCGGCGAUAUCGUCGCCAUUUGCUUUGAUAAAAGUCCAGAAGCACACUUUGCGAUGCUUGGCAUUCUCAAAGCCGGUUGUGCACUGCUUGCUCUGGAUCCAGGAGCACCGUCGUCUCGGAAGGAGUUUAUCAUGAAAGACUCCAGAGCAUCAGUACUUUUGACAGAUAAGACAAGGAGCAUGAACCUUGAUUUCAAAGUCGAGGUUCCAAUUGUCAUGGUUGAUGAGGGCAGCCUGGUGCCAGCCGAUGCUUCGAGACCUAAGCUCAACCGUCCGUUGGUCCCGGCUGAUAGGAGCUAUUGUCUCUACACUUCUGGUACGACGGGGACCCCCAAAGGUUGCGAGAUCACGCACGAAAACGCAGUGCAGGCGAUGCUUGCUUUUCAGAAGUUGUUCGAAGGGCAUUGGGAUGACAGCUCCAAAUGGCUUCAAUUCGCAUCCUAUCACUUCGAUGUCUCCGUCCUUGAGCAAUACUGGACAUGGUCCGUUGGCAUCACUUUGGUUGCUGCUCCUCGAGAUGUGAUCCUUGAAGAUCUCGCAGGCAUCAUCUCACGCCUCGAGAUCACACACAUUGACCUCACACCCAGCCUAGCUCGCUUGUUGCAUCCUGAUGAUGUUCCCAGUCUUUGCAGAGGAGUGUUCAUCACCGGCGGAGAGCAGUUGAAGCAAGAGAUUCUCGAUGUUUGGGGGCCGAAGCGUGUCAUCCACAAUUUCUACGGGCCGACAGAGGCUACCAUUGGAGUGACCACGUACCCCUGUGUGCCAAUAAAUGGGCGUUCAUCGAAUAUCGGAAGGCAGUUUGCCAAUGUGGGCUCGUACAUUCUUCGACCAAACACGGAAACACCUGUCCUCCGGGGUGGUGUGGGUGAGCUUUGUGUCUCUGGCAAGCUAGUCGGUAAAGGCUAUCUCAACAGAGUUGAGCUCACCGCUGAGCGCUUCCCAACCCUAAAGACAUUCAAGGAUCGUGUGUAUCGGACUGGAGAUUUGGUUCGAGUGCUACACGAUGGCUGCUUUGAUUUCCUCGGUCGAGCUGAUGAUCAAGUCAAGCUUCGGGGCCAGCGUCUUGAAAUUGGUGAGAUCAACCACUGCAUCAAGUCCGCUGUGCCCGAUGUCACCGAUGUGGUGACCCUGGUCAUUCGUAACGAGAAGCAGCAAAAGGAUCUACUCGUGUCGUUCGUCGUCACAGCACGAAUGCAGGCUCGCAGGCUUAAAGAUCUGCGAAUCAUUGAUGGGGAUGAAGCAACAAGCCUCAGCCAGAGUGUUAAGCGGGCGUGCCGAGACAAGCUCCCAGGUUACAUGGUCCCGACAUAUGUCUUGAUUUUGCCCUUUAUUCCACUGUCGCCGAACAACAAGGCAGAGGUCAAGGAGCUCAGAACACUGUUCAACAACCUCUCUCCUGAACAACUCGUGGCGCCGUCUUCUGUCGCGAAUGGUGAUCUAGGAGAGGUUGGAAAGAAGAUUUGCGGAGCACUCAGCAGCGUAUAUGACCUACAAGAGAAGCUUAUCUCGCCAUCCGCAAAUACCUUCGAGCUCGGCGUGGACUCCAUUUCUGUCAUGAAAUUGGUGAGAGCGCUGAAGCUUGAGGGCCUCAGUCGGGCCCACGCCGCUGUGAUCCUGAAAAACCCCAUCGUUGCGGAUUUAGCGUAUGCGCUUCAGUCACUGCAGCGAUCGAGUGAGGCCUCGAUCGGUGUUCUGGAGGCAUCGCAGGCGAUCGAGGCCUGUCAGCAUAGACAUAGAGGGUUCGUAUGCAGAGAACUCGGCCUCAGUCCGGAAGACUUGGAGUAUGUGGCGCCUUGUUCGCCGCUCCAGCAUGGCAUGAUCUCCCGUUCACUAACCGAUGAAAAUGAGGGGUCAUAUUUCAACACCUUCCGUUACGAGCUGGCGGACGACCUUGAGUUGAAAAGGCUCCGCUCUGCCUGGAAAUACCUUGUGCAGAGGCAUGCGGUUCUGCGUACUAGAUUCGUCUCGACCACAGACGGGUACGUACAAGUCGCCACCAAGGCACAGACGAUCCCUUGGGAGGACCUCUCACUGAGAUUAGACGAUGACAUCGAGACUGUGCUGGCUGAACGGCGUCAAUUAUGGAUUCGCAGUAACAAUCGAAACAUCGACAAGCCUCUGGAGCUGAUGACAGUCAGUAGCGCUGAAAAGCGAUUGCUUGCUGUGCACAUCUUUCACGGGAUCUACGAUGCCAAUAGCUACGAUUUGAUGAUUGAUGAGGUGGUGAGGCUUUACGAAAGAAAAGAGGACAGAAAUCCUGAUGCACCGAGUUUCUUCGAUGCGCUCCUUCACGGACCAUUGAAGAAUCACUCCUUCUGCAGAGAAUUCUGGUCAGAGCACCUGCAAGGUGUGAAUUCGCAGUCGCUAUCUCAGAUAUCGCCAACACCCAGUGAUUACAAUCUCUGUGUCUCGCGCUCGAUCGACUUCCAUUUUCUGGACGAUGUGCGAAAGUCACUGGGCGUCACGCAACAAGCCAUUAUUCAGGCUCUGUGGAGCUCAGUUUUAGACCAAUAUUGCUCCUCUGGAGUUACAUUCGGUAUCAUUGUUUCAGGCCGUUCAAUAGAGCCGGAGAACAUUGAUAGGACAAUCGGGCCGCUUUUCAACACAGUUCCGUAUCAUCACCGCUUUGCUCAGGGGCAGACAUGGGCUUCUGCGAUCCGAAAUUGCCAUGACUUCAACACGGCAAUACUUCCAUUCCAGCAUGUGCCUCUGAGGGAUGUGCAAAAAUGGUGCUCAGGAGGAAAGCCAAUCUUUGACACUCUUUUCUCAUUUCAACGAGCGUCUGCCGCUGAAGGCACAAGCGCGGAUUUGUGGACCGAGAUCGAGUCAAACAUCAACCCGGACUACCCUCUUGCUUUUGAGGCUACUCUAUUCCCGGAUGGCGCACUGAAAGUAUUAAUCGUCACACAAAAGGGUGUAUCUGAUGAGAAAACACUGGAAAAGAUGCUCGAUGACUUCGAAGCCAACGCAAAGGCUGUAGUCAAAGACCUGGAGAGCCUGGUACUCCCUGACCUUGUGAACGGCUUCGUCGACAAGACACAAGAUGUGCCCGAUUAUUCAGAUGCGGCAAACCCACCUACUCAAUCCAAGACAUUCGCAGAAUCUCCCUCUUCUUUUGAAUGGUCGCAUCAGGCCUUGACCAUUCGCAAAGAACUUGCAGCCUUGGCCGAACUAGACGAGUCUUCCAUCACGCAGAGCACGACACUUCUGGAGCUUGGACUUGACAGCAUUGACACCAUCAAGUUGUCAGCGCGACUCAGGCGAACUGGUAUUACAUUGAGUAACAGCGAACUGAUCAAAGGCCAGAAUAUCGCGAACUUCGUGGACAUUCUGCAGACCAAUGAGAGCAGGAGGGACGGGAUCCAUGACAGCGGAUAUUCCUCGGAUGUCGAGGACUCAUCGUCAUCCCUCAAAACGUAUCUCACGAAGCAUGGCCGAGACCUCAGUGAUGUUGAGACUGUCCUGCCACCGACAGCUCUGCAAGAUUCCAUGGUGUCAGAGAUGGUGCAGUCAGGUUUCCAGCGGUAUUUCAACCAUGAUGUCCUCGAGCUAGCACCUGAUGUGGAAGUCCAGCGACUCAAGCAUGCUUGGGUGACCGUCAUCAAGCACUCGCCGAUUCUGAGAACUGUUUUCACUGAAGUUGAAGGCAUAGAAUUUGAUUUCGCAUACGCGCAGUUGGUCUUGAAAAACUACUCGCCCGCACUUAGGGAAAUCGAGAUCCAGUCUCCGGACGACCUGUUGUCUGUGAUGGAACAGACGCGUAAGAUGGCCCAGGAGGGAUACGCACAGUCGAAUCUCUUACAGAUCACAUUCGUCACGACGAGUCAAUCAACGUACAUGAUUCUGUCAAUUGCGCAUGCACUUUACGAUGGCUGGUCACUUGGUCUGUUGCAUAGAGACAUCGAAUCGGCCUACCUCGGAACCUACAAGCCUCGCGAGCCGUACAUCGAGUGCUUGCAUGGAACAAUUAGGUCCCUCAAACAAGAUGGCAAGGAUUUCUGGUCAGACUAUGUUUCAGAAGCAGUACCUGUGCUGUUUCCACCUCGGGGGCAGAAAGAUCCUGGAGCCGGUGUCAACAGAGCAGAAGCCUCGCCUCCUAUCCCAGCCUCUGCCCUCAAGGAAUUUUGCAAGCGUCAUGCGGUCAGCCAACAAGUUGUUGCACAAGCAUGCUGGGCCACUAUUCUAGCCACGCAUUGCAAGACUUUGGACGUGGCUUUCGGUGUCGUUCUGUCCGGCAGAGAUACUGAGGCUUCCGAGGCGAUGCUGUUCCCUACAAUGAACACUGUGCCGGUUCGAGCGGUUUUGUAUGGGUCGGUGUCGUCUUUCUUGCAUUACAUGCAGGACAAUAUGGCUGGUGUCAGCCAGUUCCAGAACUACCCGCUGCGGAAGAUACAGGCUUUAGUCCAGGAUCGCCAGACGAGUCUCUUCAAUACCCUCUUUAUCAUGCAGAAGAGCGGCGUCGAGACCACUGGAGAAAGCCGAGCUGAAGCCCGGAAGCCGCUGAUGAAAUCAAUUGACAGUUCGUCUGCCGUUGACUAUCCAGUGUGUGUAGAGAUGGAGAUCUCUGGAGAGAACAUUAUUUGGCGCACAGCGUGUGACAAUGGCUAUCUAUCCCCGGACGACACGCAUCAUCUUCUAGAGGAGCUGAAAAAUGUCCUUAAAUUCUUGAUCAACUCGCCUGAGAAAGACGUUCUGCAGUUUAGCGAUGACGGCGUGUCUGUUUGUGGCUUGCCUGCAUUUCAACCACAAGGAAGGACAAACUUGGAGCAGACGCAAGAGUUGAAGGAGCCGAGAAUUGUUGGCAAAGAUGAUGUGUGGUCAGACGCAGAGGGGACAAUCAGGCAGGUCCUCGCUGGUAUGUCUGGCCUUGAGGAAGCGUCAAUUCGGAAGAGCUAUAAUCUCUAUCACCUCGGCCUCGACUCUAUCAGCGCGAUUAAAGUAAGCUCAGCACUUCGUCGGCAAGGGCUGAACGUCAGUGUACGGGACAUGAUACAGGCCACAUCGAUCAGUGAAAUGGCCACGAAGAUUUCUAAGAGCCCGGAUGCCACGUCUUUGGAAAGUUCUUUUCAAAGUCAAAACGACACUCAGAUUUUGAACAAAAUAUCCGGAGGUGUCAGUCCAAAUGAUCUGCUCCAAUCAGCAAGCAUCGACCUGAGGGAGGUGCAGGAGGUAUCACAAGCCACUGCGAUGCAGACGCACAUGCUUAGCGUGUGGCAGAACACUCAAGGGACUGUCUUCUUUCCCGAAUUCCAGUACAGACUGUCUGGCAUAGCUGACCGAGAUGCCAUCGAGGCUGCGUGGAAGGAUCUCGUUGGACAAAUACCGGUGCUGAGAACAAUUUUCCUUGCCACUAGCCACAACAGCACACCGUUUCUCCAGGUGGUUCUGUCAGAAAAGUCGGAAACGAAAAAUCCAUUCGUGUCACUUCGACUGCAGCCAAACGGGGUCAGAAACUGGGUGUUGCGUCUCAAGAUUCAUCAUGCUUUGUACGAUGGAGUCAGCUUGCCGAUGAUCAUGGAGCGUUUCAAGGACCUACUCAGCCAGGGAGCGGCGACAGGUAAGCGGGAGAACGGACUGGCCUCGUGGGGAGGAUUGGUCUUCUCGUCGAUGAACGAACAAACACGAACAAGCCAGAAAUCCUUCUGGACGCAGUACCUUGAUGGAGCCAAAGCCGUACCACUACGCCUAGCAAAUUCCAACAGUACGUCGAUGGGCAAACGCGUUAGCUUCCUCAUGCAAACAGCCGUCAGCAAUACGAGCAGGCUCAAAGCUCUGUGCUUGCAACACGGCAUCAGCAUCCAGUCCGCAUUCCUCGCCGCAUACGCGAGGGUCCUCUCAAAACUCUCAGGACGCAACGACGUCGUGUUUGGUGUCUACAUCGCCAACAGGAGCAUCGAGCAAACCUCAACAUACCCUACACUCUGCCUUAUACCUCUGCGUGUCAGAGUCCCAGAAGCUUUCGACAUUGUUGAAGUCGCAAGCGUCAUCCAGCGGGACAUCUUCGAUAUAUCAAAACCGGAGAACGUGACCGUUGGGCUGUGGGAGAUCAAGGACUGGACUGGUGUCCUAGUUGAGACUUUUGUGAACUUCUUGAGCUUGCCUGAAGACGACUCUUCCACGGGCAAGGACGACGGCGUGGUCGAGCUUGAGGCCAUCCGUUUCGACGACGCCACAACGGCCGUAGAAGACGAGAGCACUGCUGUUGACCCAAGACAGGUGUCAUGGCUGGAGAAAAAUACUGUUAGCGAUGCUUAUCCAGACGCUGUUGAUAUUGAAGUUUCAAUGCAAGAUAAUGGUGCAAUGGAUAUAGGAGUGUUCGGUAGCUUCGGGAAACUGGGUGAACACGGCGCAGAGGACUUGGAAGGAAUGCUUGUGGAUGUGUUGAGCAUUUAG